UUGAAGAUUGGAAAUUGGCGCGGAGACUUGAGAGAGUUAUCGAAGCAUCGGCAGGUAAAUUACCUGACGGCGGACGGCGGAAUCGUCCUCUGAUAGCUUUUGUCUUCCUACUUCCAGGCUUAGCGGCGUACUUCAAUCGUAUCGGCAACUCUUUCUUCAUCUUCGCACGGCCAGGUUACAGUGCAUAAACCGUUUCCGUAACUUUUUGUGCGCUCUCUCUGCUGUUGCAAUCAUUUGGUAUCAAUUGUGAAGGAAUAACAAGAAAAUGAAGCUUCGUCUUCAUUUUUAAGAAAAUCAAAUCGUUAUCCUGUGGAAUUUUCUUCAUCUAGCUGUUCUUCUUUCAAGUUCGAGGUUACGGCAGCGUACUUCAACCAUUUCUGACAAUAUUCACUAAGUUCGGAUUCUUAUCAGAUGAAGGCGCUACAAACUAUCGAGUUUGCUGAUUUGACUUAGUAGGUUUCUCUGCUCGCUCACUUCAUCUUUCCGAAUCCUGCUCAAUUGGACCUCUCCGAGUUUGCGAGCAACGUUCUGCUGCUGGUGUGGGAGAAAGAUAUCAUGAUUAAAACGGUUCUUAUAGAUCAGUUAUCUGACACUUAUCAUUAGACUGACUGACAGAAGAAUUGGUAUUUAACUUGCUUAGGCUGCUGUACUUUGGUUGCGGGACUGAGAUCAUAAAUAUGCAAUCUAUUUUCUUGCCAAAAACAUUCAUCGUAUACUCAUUUGGUGGAGUAUAUUCUGGCACUUUGUUUCAUCAAAGUUCUAGUAAAUGUGAUGGAAGGUACAUGUUUGGCGAUGCUGUAUUGCAGUUGUUUAGGAAGAAUGGCCUAAAAAAGGUCAGUAAAGCAGCAUUAUAUGAUAAUUAUACUAUUAGCGCUAGGUGUCAUGGAUGUAAAGAUCAAGAGGAACUAUCUGGUGAUUUGUGCAACAGUUUGAUUCGUGACUAUUGUAAGGUAGGGAAUGUUGAUGCUGCCAUGUCUCUUCUUUCUUAUAUGGAGGCUGUAGGUCUCCAUGCCUCUGUAGCAUCUUACACAUAUUUGAUUGAAGCUCAUGGAAACGUAGGCAGGACUUUGGAAGCUGAUAUCUUAUUUCAAGAAAUGAUUAGUUUUGGCCGUAAGCCAAGAACAACUGUCUGCAAUGCACUACUAAGAGGGUUCUUGAGAAAAGGCCUUUUAGAUCUUGCAUCUGAUGUUCUUGUGUUAAUGAGUGAUUUAGAUAUUCAAAAAAAUCAAGAAACGUAUGAAAUUCUCUUGGAUUAUCAUGCCAAUGCUGGACGGCUGGAAGAUACUUGGUCUAUUAUUAAUGAGAUGAAACGAAAAGGUUUUGAGCUGAACUCAUUUGUGUAUAGUAAGGUUAUUGUAAUAUAUCAGAACAAUGGCAUGUGGAAGAAAGCAGUGGGGAUCGUUGAUGAGAUAAGAAAAUCAGGGAUUUCUGUGGACAAACACAUUUAUAACAGUAUCAUAGAUACAUUUGGGAAAUAUGGUCAAUUACCCGAGGCCUUAGAAGUGUUCAAAAAAAUGCAACAGGAUGGUGUAAUGCCUGAUAUAACGACCUGGAAUUCGCUGAUACAAUGGAACUGUAAAUCUGGGAACCUUCCUACUGCCCUGGAGUUAUUCACUGACAUGCAAGAACAGGGGAUGCAUCCAGAUCCUAAGAUUUUCAUUACUUUAAUUAGCUCGUUGGGUGAGCAGGGAAAGUGGGAUAUUAUAAAGAAAAAUCUUGAUAGUAUGAAGCUCAGAGGGCAUAAGAAUAGUGGCCUAGUUUAUGAAAUUUUAGUUGAUAUUUAUGGGCAGUAUGGUCAAUUUCGGGAUGCUGAGAAAUGUAUAUCUGCUCUCAAGUCUGCAGGUCUUCUACCAUCCGCUAGCAAUUUUUGCAUUAUAGCAAAUGCUUUUGCUCGACAGGGGUUGUGUGAAGAGACAGUAAAAGUGCUAGAGCUAAUGGAAGCAGAAGGAAUCGAACCAAAUCUUGUAAUGCUGAAUGUACUGAUCAAUGCGUUUGCUGUUGCUGGCAGGCAUUUGGAGGCGUUGGCCAUUUAUCAUCAUAUAGUUGAAGUUGGUAUCAGUCCUGAUGUUAUAACCUACACCACCCUUAUGAAGGCGUAUAUUCGUGCAAAGAAGUUUCAUAAGGUCCCUGAAAUAUAUAAAGAAAUGGAAAGUGCUGGUUGCACGCCAGAUAGGAAGGCCAGAGAGAUGUUGAAGUCCGUAACAGUGGUUCUUGAACAGAGGCAUUCAGCCAUCUAAAAUCUUGAUCGAGGAAUUGAUCUACACCAAGAAAGUAGAUCAUAAUGCCAGGCCAACCUUCAAAUGGACCCUGGGGAACUAGGGGCAGAAACAGUUUCUGGCAAUAACCUUGGAGACGCAACGACGUCUAUCUUGUAAGUUGUAACCAUUAGGAUAAUCAUAGCACAAAUUCUUUUAUUAUUCUAUAUGUUAUUUGGGGAUGAGAAUCUUACCUUAAAACCGGGGCGAAAAUUGGAUGCUGCUGAUAACAAUUGAGUAGUAGUUUGUUUAUUCCUUAGUUUUUCGUAUGAAGUGAAAAUUAUAAUACUUCCUUUUAUCCCUGUAUUUUUUUAACGGAAAAAAAUAAUAAUAGAACAAGGCCUCUGCAAAGAAGAAAAAUAGGCAAAAUGAAGGAAGAAUAAACAAAGUUUUUUUUUUUUUGCUAAACAUAUCCGAACUUGUAUGAAAUUCAAUUGCUUAAAAAUCCCAUCUAAGAUCGGGGUACUUCUUUAGGAAGUGGAUUAUGUGACAUCAAUAGGUCAAUGUUAGCAUGUUUGUAUAAUGUACUAUGAUUGGUUACUUUGAAAUAUACAUUGUAUGAUGUCAUUCGAAA